AACAGACUCUCCCAAAUCUAAGCCGUUUUCAUUGAACACACUCUUUCAACCCGUAACCUAGGCUCUAUUUUAUUGUCCCUGUGUCCUAAACCACCAUUUUCCGACAAGAAAACAAGAAAGGAAAUGUACAGAUCCUUGAGCUCCACCCGAGUUGCUGAGGACUACAACAUCAAUGUGGGAUCCCCAUCUUCGAAGUCCCCCGGACUGAGAGUGUCAGUCUCCAAUGAAGAGCUCCCGGUUUACGAUCCGGUCUCCGAGAUGGCCAAGAAGGAGAGAUCACGUAUCAAAUUUGCAGAGAAUGCUGUUCAUGUUAUCCCUUUUGUGCUCCUCCUUUGUGCCAUUAUUCUUUGGGUUUUCUCCAAUCCAGAUGUAGAUGUGGGGAUAACAAAUGAUUCAAUUGCAGCAAGAAUCAGAGGACUCACUCUAGAAGGUGAUGAAAUUGAUGAAAUUAACCCAAACAACCUCUUGCCUACCUUGGAUUUUGGGGAAUUGGAACAUUCAAGGAAGCAAGCUACAGAUCACAAAGCUCUCAGGCGAACCAAGGCCAAAUCCAAAUCCAAAUCCAAAUGAGCCUCUUUAUUUUACUUUCAUGAUUGCCAAGGGGGAAAAUUGCUCUUUCCCUCACCAAGUUUAGUGUUCUUCAUUCAUUUUCCUUUGCAUUUCUUUAUAGUACAAUUUCUUUACCAUUGACUAUUUUCCUCUUUAAUUUUUGUUAACAUUUCUAUCAAGCACAUCCUUAAAAUUUUUCA